AUGCAAAUUUACAUCGGAUCGGUGAUUUACCAGAAAAUAAGGAGAGGCAGUUUGCAACAGACCGAUGAGUUGAGUGCUACUCUAGCUAGAAGCCUCGAAAUUAAUGGACCUCCAAGCAAACUUUGUGUGGAGCUCUGGCAUCCAGCAUUUGGCUUCCAGCUUAACCUGUUGUGUUUCCACAUAGGCAGCGAUAGGUAG